ACCCAUUUGGAUGCCAAGGCCCAAUCCGUAACAAGCAAAGCCAGAAAUUGGACAGGGCUGCCACCUUUGAUCAGGCCGCAAGCCAGCGUAUGUCUACUUGAGAGUUUGCUGCCAAGCUGAUUGAAGGUGCCUUGGACUUCAAGACUAUGAUUGACAAUGAGACGCUUCCUGUGGAAUCCCUUGGCGGGAAACCUCUCUGCAUGAACCAGUACUACCAGCUCCUCUCCUCCUGCCGCAUCCCCGGCCCUAAACGGGACUCUGUAGUGAACUACGCAAAAGGAAAGAAGACCCCCACCCACAUCAGCGUGGUGCACAACUUCCAGUUCUUUGAGCUGGAUGUUUACAGCAGUGAUGGGAGCCCUUUGACCACUGACCAGAUCUUUAUCCAGCUGGAGAAGAUUUGGAAUACCUCCCUCCAGACCAACAAGGAGCCCAUCGGGAUCUUGACCACAAACCAUCGCAACAGCUGGGCCAAGGCCUACAGCAACCUCAUCAAAGACAAGACCAACAAAGAGUCUGUGCGCUCGAUUGAAAAAAGCAUCUUCACUGUUUGUCUGGAUGCUCCAAUCCCCCGGGUGUCGGACGAUAUUUACCGGAGCCGUGUGGCUGCCCAGAUGCUUCAUGGUGGGGGGAGUCGCUGGAAUAGUGGAAACCGCUGGUUUGAUAAAACCCUUCAGUUCAUCAUUGCAGAGGACGGUUCGUGCGGGUUGGUGUACGAACAUGCUCCCGCAGAGGGCCCUCCUAUCAUCUCCCUGGUGGAUCACGUUGUGGAGUACACGAAGAAACCCGAGAUGGUGAGAUCUCCCAUGGUCCCCUUGCCGAUGCCCAAGAAGCUACGGUUUAACAUCACCCCAGAAGUAAAAAAUGACAUUGAGAAGGCAAAACAGAACCUGAACAUCAUGGUGCAAGACUUGGAUAUCAAGGUGCUUGUCUUCCACUACUUUGGGAAGAAUUUCCCCAAGUCAGAGAAAAUCAGUCCAGAUGCUUUUAUCCAAAUUGCUCUGCAGCUGGCGUAUUACAGGAUGUAUGGGCAGGUCUGUUCUACUUAUGAAAGCGCCUCUCUCCGGAUGUUCCGCCUGGGCCGGACAGACACGAUCCGUUCUGCUUCUAUAGACUCUGCCGCGUUCGUGGCCGCCAUGGAUGAUUCUGGCAAGCAGGACCAGGAGAAGUCAGAACUGUUGAGGAGAGCGACCCAAGCCCACCGAGCAUAUACCGACCUGGCAAUUAGCGGGAAUGCGAUUGACCGCCAUUUGCUGGGGUUGAAACUACAGGCCAUCGAGGACUUAGUGAGCAUGCCCGAACUCUUCAUGGAUACAUCUUACGCAGUUGCCAUGCAUUUCAACCUCUCCACCAGCCAGGUCCCUGCAAAGACAGACUGCUUCAUGUGCUUUGGCCCGGUCGUCCCAGAUGGCUACGGCGUCUGCUACAACCCCAUGGCUGAGCACAUCAACUUUGCAAUCUCGGCCUUCAACAGCUGUAGCGAAACCAACGCUGCCCGGCUGGCGCAUUACUUGGAGAAGGCCCUGUUGGACAUGAGGCACCUGCUCCAGUCAAACCCCAAAUCCAAACUCUGAGAGGGAGAGACGUGCAGCUCCAAACCGUCCCAGGUUGUUGCCUUCGGGUGCGGGUGGAUUCCCCCAGCCGCAGUCAGAAGGGACUGGGCCCCCUUUGUGUCUGGUGCCUGGGCAAAUUCCUCCGAUUCAGAGCGAAAAAGAAAUUGACGGAAGGAACGGAUAUUUGAGAAGUCAAGAGGUGCUUCUUCAGAAGUGGGGGAAUCAGCAUUUUUAUCUUGCUGUGGAAAGACUAUAUGCAAUGCACCCUUCCUCCUAGGAGCAAACUGCUCCAGUAGGUUGCUGGAAUAUUCAUGUUGUGUGUUUGCUUUCCUUGCCAUGGUUGAUCAGCAGAUGAAUCUCCUUGAGGCUUCCUCUGGGUUUUCUGUUCUUCCAGAUUGUUGUGAGGGUCUCUGGUGGUCUCGGCCGGGCAGUUCUGUGCUUCCCCAGGUGGGCUUAGGGCUGUUCAAAGGGAGGUAAGGAAAUCCUGUCCCCGUAGGAUCUGUUUUGGUUCUUUCGGGACAACCGCACCUUCCCAGGAGUUACGUUCUCUGUGCCUUUUCGCCACACCUUCCCUUCCCGCUCACUUUCGGCCACAAUCUGCCCCUUAAAUUGUUGUGGUUAUGAAAAAAAAAUCUGUUGCAAAUCA